GAGGGAGGUGAGCGGCGAAUGAAAAUGGGGGCGUGAACCAAAAGCGACUUCCUUUUCCGGCGUCCGAGAGCAUGCGGCUUCGCAUUUGCCUGAUAGCAAAAUGCGACCCCUGACAGAGGAGGAGACCCGAACCCUGUUCCAGAAGCUCUCGAAAUAUAUUGGGGAAAAUAUUCAGUUGCUUGUGGACCGACCUGAUGGCACCUACUGUUUCCGGCUCCAUAAAGACAGAGUCUACUAUGUCAGUGAGAAGAUUCUUAAGCUGGCAGUAAACAUCUCCCGGGAGAACCUGGUGUCUCUGGGGACCUGCUUUGGGAAAUUCACGAAGACCCAGAAGUUCAGACUGCACAUCACUGCCCUGGAUUAUUUGGCACCUUAUGCAAAGCAUAAAGUAUGGGUGAAACCUGGAGCAGAGCAGUCAUUCUUAUAUGGCAACCAUGUAUUAAAGUCUGGCCUGGGUCGAAUCACAGAAAAUACUAAUCAGUAUCAGGGACUGGUGGUUUACUCCAUGGCAGAUGUACCUUUGGGUUUUGGUGUGGCAGCAAAGUCUACACAGGACUGCAGGAAGGUGGACCCUAUGUCCAUUGUUGUGUUUCACCAAGCUGACAUUGGGGAAUAUGUGCGUCAUGAAGACACACUGAUUUAAUUCAUCUUAUAGACUUGUGACUGAGAGAAAGACCUUUGUUUUUCUCUCAUGGGAGCAGUUGAACUACAAAUCCAUCCUUUUACUGACUUACAGAGUGACCUGUGGAUACAUGUGGUCGUCUAUUGACCAUUCUCACUAUUGCAGAAGCACCAGGGCACAAUGCAUCAAACACUGGACUUGGAAGUAGGAAGACCAGGGUUUGAAACUAGUGCUUAGCAUAAUACCUGGCACAUAAUAGGUGCCUGAUGAUAGCUGGGUGAUGCUGUGCAAGUCACUUCAUACGAUUCACGAAUCUCGCAGGGUUGUUGUGAGGAUCAAAUGGGAUAAUGAACAUAAAGCAAAAAUGGAGUAGAAAUAUCAGCAACCAUUGUAAGCCACUGUGGGGUGAAUGCACGUUGAGCAAGAAAGAGACUUUUUUUAACCUUUUUUGUUUAAUUAUAGUGAUUAAAUUGAAUACCAUGUUUUUAUGCAGAAUGAAGUCACUUCUUCCUCCUUGGUAGAGGUCUUGAUUUUUUUUUUAGAACUGAGGCAAAAAUAGCUAUUUCUUAUACCUCAUAUCCAAACAGAUGGUUAUUGAACACUAAACUGUAUUCUUAUGUGAAUUGAAUGGCAUAGCACAAAAUAGCUACUUUGGGUUUCCCCAAGUUUUAUGUGCAGUACACACAGAUUGCUGUCAGAGUGAAAUAAGGAUACCAGGUUGUUGUACUGAGAAAGUUGAUCAUGUAAAAUUUGCAUUUAUUUUUC